UUUGACAAGCACAAAAAGUAUAAAGUGUUGAUUUGGGGGAAAAGGUGUGGGAGCAAAAGCCCCAUCCCACUAUUCAUUUUUGUCGUCCUCAGCUUUUUUUUUCAUUCUGCAAUUCCCCCCUUCACUUGACCUAAUUCAGGCCAAGAGGAUGGAUGGCUCAGCUGGACAGGGUGGUAGUAGUGUGGAUAUGUUCUUAAGGAAUUACAAACUUGGGAAAACUCUUGGGAUUGGUUCAUUUGGAAAGGUUAAAAUUGCAGAGCAUGCAUUGACAGGGCACAAAGUUGCUAUCAAGAUCCUUAACCGCCGGAAGAUUAAGAACAUGGAGAUGGAAGAAAAGGUUAGAAGAGAAAUUAAAAUUCUAAGGUUGUUUAUGCAUCCCCACAUUAUCCGCCUUUAUGAAGUUAUAGAGACACCAUCAGAUAUAUAUGUUGUAAUGGAAUAUGUGAAGUCUGGUGAACUUUUUGACUACAUUGUGGAAAAGGGUAGACUGCAGGAGGACGAAGCUCGCAAUUUUUUCCAGCAGAUAAUAUCUGGUGUGGAGUACUGCCACAGAAAUAUGGUUGUCCACAGAGAUCUUAAGCCUGAGAACCUUCUUCUGGAUUCAAAAUGUAAUGUCAAGAUUGCUGAUUUUGGAUUGAGCAAUAUUAUGCGUGAUGGCCAUUUUUUGAAGACAAGUUGUGGAAGUCCAAAUUAUGCUGCUCCUGAGGUUAUAUCUGGAAAACUGUAUGCUGGACCGGAGGUUGAUGUAUGGAGUUGUGGUGUUAUCUUGUAUGCUCUAUUAUGUGGCACCCUACCUUUUGACGAUGAAAAUAUUCCUAAUCUCUUUAAGAAAAUUAAGGGUGGAAUAUAUACCCUUCCCAGCCAUUUAUCUCCUGGUGCAAGGGAUUUGAUUCCAAGGAUGCUGGUGGUAGAUCCUAUGAAGCGUAUGACAAUUCCUGAUAUACGGACUCACCCAUGGUUUCAAGCUCAUCUUCCACGCUACCUAGCUGUGCCACCACCAGAUACACUGAAGCAAGCCAAAAAGAUUGAUGAAGAGAUUCUUCUGGAGGUUUUGAAAAUGGGAUUUGACAGAAGCAGCCUUGUUGAGUCUCUUCGUAAUCGCAUUCAAAAUGAGGGUACCGUUGCGUACUAUUUGCUAUUAGACAAUCGGUUCCGUCCCUCCAGUGGCUAUCUUGGAGCUGAAUUCCAGGAGUCCACGAGUGAGACAUCACCAACUUUAGGGCAAAGAAUGCCUGGAUAUAUGGAUUACCAAGGAACAGGUGCGAGACCACAGGUUCUUGUUGACAGAAAAUGGGCUCUCGGACUCCAGUCCCGAGCUCAUCCACGUGAGAUAAUGACGGAGGUUUUGAAAGCUCUCCAAGAGUUAAAUGUAAGCUGGAAAAAAAUUGGACACUACAAUAUGAAAUGUAGGUGGAUUCCUGGCAUUGCGCCUCACGAAGGGAUGGUAAACAACUCUAUGCACAGUAAUCAUUACUUUGGGGAUGACUCCACUAUCAUUGAGAGUGAUAGUGCUGCAAGGUUGCUCAAUGUGGUCAAAUUUGAAGUGCAGCUUUAUAAAACCCGCGAGGACAAGUAUCUGCUUGACCUGCAAAGGGUCCAGGGACCACAAUUUCUCUUCCUGGAUCUUUGUGCUGCUUUUCUUGCUCAACUUCGAGUUCUCUAAACCAUUAGUCUGAUGUAAAGGCCAGCUUACACAGCAAAUUGUGAGUGACAUUUGCGAAGAAAAGCUUGAGCUGUAUGUAACUAGUUUCCCACUCAGGUCGUGUCCUACGUGUUGCUAUUGUUUUCUUUAGGUAUUAUGUUGUAGGCGGCUGUGUAUGCCAUUCCAACUGGGGUCACUUUUAACCACAUGCCAGGAGUUUGAGCGUUGGUGCAGCCACCUACUCAAUUUGCAAUGGAAUCUUAUCAAUACUAAAGAUUUUGUAAACCAUAUUAUUUGGAAGUUAUUGAUAUAGUAGUCUCCAUUGCUGAGAAUGAUCAAGGAGUAGGAAAUUUGUUAUAAAAAGCAAGUUGAUGAAUAUGACCAAUGGUCUGAACUUUUGGGGGCAACCUGUGAAAUAUGUAACUGAACUUUACAAGGUUUCAUAUAAUUAUGUAUUCUAUUGUUCA